AUGACCCUCCUCGAACUGGAUACGUGGACUUCGCCGGUCAAUUGGGCGUAUCUUUUGACGUCGGCCUUAGUGGUGUUCUUCCUCGCGGACCACCUGAGCACGCUGAGGAAGCGCAAGAGCCUCCCGGGUCCGUUGUUCGCUUGGCCCUUCUUCGGCGCCAUCUUCGAGAUGGUGUGGGAUCCGACCAACUUCUGGGAUCGUCAGGAGACCUUCGGCCCGCUCUCGUGGAAUGCGCUCUUCGGCAAAUUCAUGGUCUUCUCGCGCGACACCGACACUUCGAUCAAGAUCUUCAAGCACAACAGCCCCGAGGAGCUCAAGAUCGUGCUCCAUCCCAACGCUGUGCGUCUUCUCGGCGAGGACAACAUCGCCUUCAUGCAGGGCCCUGGCCACAAGGAGCUGCGCAAGCGUCUCCUGCCCCUCUUCACCAAGAAGGCUCUCGGCGUCUACCUCAACAUUCAGGAGAAGGCCAUCCGCGAGCACCUCGCUAACUGGGUCAAGCUCCCUCAGCCUCAGAAGAUGCGCGACCUGUGCCGCGAUCUCAACGUCGAUACCUCGCAGUCGGUGUUCAUCGGCCCCUACCUGUCGGGCGACGAGAGGAAGGAGUUCGCCAAGAACUACAUGAUGAUGAACGAGGGCUUCCUGGCCUUCCCGCUGUGCAUCCCCGGCACCGCCCUGUACAGGGCCGUGCAGGCGCGCAAGAAGGUGGUGGCCACGCUGACCACCUGCGCCAAGCUCAGCAAGGACAGGAUGAGCAAGGGCGUCGAGCCCGAGUGCCUGUUGGACUUCUGGAUGGAGAAGACCGUCGCCGAGAUCCAGGAGGCCAAGGCCGCCGGCGCGCCGGCCCCGCCGCACAGCUCCGACCACGAGGUGGCGUGCACCACGCUCGACUUCCUCUUCGCCUCGCAGGACGCCUCGACCGCGUCGCUCGUGUGGACUUGCGGCCUCGCCCUCACCGGCAACCCCGACGUGCUCGCCAAGGUGCGCGCCGAGCAGCUCAAGCUGCGCCCCAACGACGACCCGCUCACCACCGACGUGCUCGGCGACAUGCCCUACACCAACCAAGUGGUCAUGGAGCUCCUCCGCUACCGCCCGCCCGCCACCCUCGUGCCGCACAUCGCCCUCAAGGACUUCCAGCUCACCGACAACGUCAACGUCCCCGAGGGCUCCCUCGUCGUUCCCUCCGUGUGGGGCGCCUGCCACCAGGGCUACACCAACCCCAACACCUUCGACCCCGACCGCUUCUCCCAGGAGCGCGGCGAGGACCGUAAGUACGGCAAGAACUUCCUCACCUUCGGCAGCGGCCCCCACUACUGCCUCGGCAAGCAGUACGCCAUCAACCACUUGAUGUCCUUCCUCUCCAUCAUGUCCAUCAACGUCGACAUGAACCGUCACCGCACUCCCGAGAGCGAGACCAUCGUCUACGGCCCCACCAUCUUCCCCGCCGACGGUGUCAUCGCCGACAUGAAGGAGAAGAAGUACUACUAG